CCAGCCUCGGUCUGGAUUUGUUGUGACAGGUCCAAACAAACAAAAUAAUCCUAUUAAUUUACCGGUGAUCAAACGUUUAAAAAGCCUGUGGAAAGCAAGGAAUUUAAACAAGAUUUAAUUUUAAAAGAUUUGUAACUGUAAGUUUAUGAAACCCAAAACCUUCAAGACAGAUGUCACAAACCAGUGCAAAUGAAUGAUUGUAUUCCUGAAGUUGCAUCAUCCCCAAACAGGGCUGGAAACUUUGUUAUUGCUUGUUCUGAAGAGAAUAAUUUUGUUAGAAAUAUACAGAGUGAUAGCCUUAUACAGUUUUUAGAUGGUGAACUGAAUUCUAAAGCUAAGGAAGUGUGUGAUACAGAUCCAUCUUUCUUUCCUCGAGCUUUUACAGAAAUUGAAUUAAUUGAGCAAAACGUUGUGAUAAAUGAACAUGUCAAUGUGAAGAAUAAGUCUAAGUCUACUGACAUUAAGGUUAAAGAAUUAAAAGUUUCAUCAAUGGCAAGCAAAAGAAAUGCUGGGUUAAGAGAUGGUUUCCAACCUGAUGUUAUUGUGUCAAAUUCGCGUCAACGUUCUGGACCAGAUGGAAGCCCUGCUCUUGUUCCGUCAGUAUCCCAAGGAUUUGGUGCUAACUUGAGUGAAACUGGAGAACUAUUUGCACCUGUGCGUACUCUAACAUUUUCAGAUAUUGAUCAAAGCUCACAUAUGGAAGAUAGCUAUAUAAAUAGUAGUAGAUUUGUCUCUACUCCAAAUAAAUCAGGACAUAAACCAAGUAACUAUGACUAUAGCAGCAUGCAUAGCCAUCCACCAAAUACUGAGAACGAUGAAGAUGUAGAAGCCGACUAUAGUGAUUCGAGUGAUUCGGAUAAAUUGAUAAAUGGAAUGAGGGAUAGUGAAUCUCCAGAAUUUAGACAAUUGGAAGGGGAAGCUGACAAUGAUCUUACAAAUACUGGACCAUUCCAUCCCUCAGCCCAUGGGCUUAGCAAAGAAUUUAUGGACAACUUUGUUGGGAAGACUGGAAAUCAAGCUGCUAUGUGCGAUAAUGGGGAUAUAUUUUCUCCAAUGAGAUCCAAUUCUUAUGCCGAUAGACAAAUUAAUAGUGUAACGCCACCGUUACAUUCACCAAGACAAAAUAAUUUCUACACAAAGAAAUAUGGGUCAUCUGCAGAUAAAAGGUCACCUAGAGGUCGACCAUCACCAAAAGGUCAAGCAGAACCACAAGAUGACCAAGAUGAGAUCCAGUUUGUUAUGUCACCUUCUAAAAACCAGUCAGACUUCCAUCCUUUUGACAGGGAAAUUUUAGGAUUAGGUGAUCAAAAUGGGUACCAACAGAACCAAAACAGUAAUAGUAGCAGCCGAGAAAAGUUUUAUUUUGGAAAGCAGGGCACAGAAAACUGCUUUAAACCUAUUGAAAAACAACCUCACAGUUUUAAUCCAGCAACGGUUCCAAAAAAUUUGAAUGAAUAUUUUGAGCAAGUCACAAGUGAUGAGUAUUUAGUCAGCAGGGGUAAACAGAAUCAUUUCUUAGAUAAACAAGAGGAUCUAUCAGAUAUUGAUAGCAGACAAGGUGAUGGUGUUGAUAAUGAUUUAAAUGAAAGACCUCAGAAACUUCAGGCAUGUUCAGAUAGAAGUGACCAUUUUGCUCCAGUUUCACCUUCAGCUUUUGAGAAAAGAUAUUUACAGAGAACUCAAGUCUCAGUUAAACUUCCACAAGCAACGUAUGACACUUUAUCUGCAAACACCUCUCGUGAUGAGAGGUUUGCUUCUAAUGAACAUUUGCAACUUGAAAGAGAGGAAAAAUUAAGAUUCCAUUCCGAUGUCACAGCUUCUGGAGGUACUAGUCCACCUGUAGUAGAAAAUAUACCAAAGUCAAGUCCAGGAAAAGUAAUGGAUCUUCUACAAAAUCAAGUUACCAAGCUUAAAGGCAAUGCAGAGGAAGUAAAUGAUGGUUCUAGGGAUAGAGAAGGAAAGUGUAAUGAGCACAAUAUUGAAGUCAUGGGUGCUUCUGCAAAGUCAAGAGACACAAAUGAUACUAAACAUAGAAAGAGCUCUGGUGCAAAGAAUGGUCACCAGUUACACAAUUUUGAAUCCACAGAAAAUUCUGAAAAUCCUGACAAUAUACAUAUAGAGCAGACUGAUACAAAUAUUAAAAAUGAUGGUGAAGAACACAAAUUGAAUUCUAAAAAUUCUCUGAUUAGUUCUUCAAGACAGGACGAUGACAGUGAAAAACAGUCACAAUCUGCUCAAGCAAGUGGCCAGUCUCAGUUACCAGUAACAUCAAGAUUGCUGCAAGAAACAGUAUCCCAAAGAAAUAAAACUACUCAAAAGUUUGUAUCCAGUGCGCCAGGACCAUCUAAACCUGUUGCUAGUACCCAGUCAAAAGAAUUUAAGAAACCUUUUGAUAUGGCUCCAAAAGGUCAAAAUGUUGCUUGUUCUGGUGCAAGAAAAACUCUUACAAGUGAAACUUGUCCUAAGUUUAAGGUUUCAGACAAAACCAAACUAAAAUCUGUAUCAAAUGAAUCUUUAAAUAAUAAACAAAAAACUGUUAACCAGUCAAGGAAUAACUACUCAAAUAACGCAGUAGAAAAAAAAUCACAGUCUAGGUUUAGUUCUCAAUUAGCACACCAGUUUGUUCCAAACCAGAGUCAAGGGAAUGCUACUAGAGGUCAACUCAGUCAAAAUAGUCAAGGUCAUUUGAAUGCUAGAGGUGAAGGUCACAAUAGAAGUGCACACAGUCUAGAGGAUGAAAGUCAUGGACGUAUUGUUACUCAGGUAGAAACAACCAGUCCUGUACCAGUAGAACUGCCAAGACAAAAUAUAGCACGUAGACAGGGUUCGGGUAUUGGCGAUGCUAGUCUAGAUAUAAAGGGUAUGGAGGAAGUGCGGCAACAGUUACAGGGAAUGAUGAAAAUGUCACAUGACAAAAUGUCUGCACAAGACCGGAGUCAGUACGAGCAUUCAGAUAUCAUAGCAGGGUUUGGAGUAGAUUAUGGAGACCAUCACAGGCCGCCACUAGAAACUUCCUGGAAUAUGAUUAGAAAAUCUGGUGAAGAUGAUUUAAUGGAGAAUUUUCAGAGUUUCACAUCGCAGUAUUUUACGGACAGCGGCAACGCUUCACGUACUGAUGUCUCUGUUCAUGCAGAAAACCAGAGACUUCGAGACAUGCUAGAGAAGGAACGAUAUCGUAGAAAGCAUUGUGAACAGUAUAUUCAACAGUUAAAUGUAAAGCUACUGGAAACCCAGCAACAGGUGGCAGUAGCUGUAUCCACAGACAAGAGGAAAGAUAUUAUGAUUGAACAGCUUGACAAGCAAUUAGCACGAGUGAUGGAGGGCUGGAGAAAGAGAGAUCAGGAAAAAGAUGCCUUUGUUGAGGAAAUACAGAAAGAAAAAGAAGAAAUAGAGAAUAAUUUAAAACAGCAACAACAGAUGAUCAAUAACUUUGAGCAUGAUAUGUCAGCUGCUGUUGAUGCCCUGAGACAAGAGAAAGAAAAAGCCGCCCAGAAUGCUGACAAACUGAAGGAAAAGAUUCAGGAGAUGGAAAGAUCUAAGAGUCAUACAGAAGAACUGUUAGAGGCGGAGAAGGAGAAAGUUGACCUUGUACAACAAGAGUGUGACAAUCUUAGAGAAUCUAGAGAAAGCCUCGACAAAAAACUUGACCAGAUGCAAAGACGUCUUCAUAGGGAGCAAGAUGACUGGUUUCAGAGAGAACAAGAACUGUUACAAAGAAUUGAGGAGGUGUCUGAGAAGAGCAAUAGUAUAUUGCAAGCUGAAAGGGCAAAGAAUGAAGAACAAGGGAAGCUAGCAGAGGAAGUUAUAGAGCAGUAUCAGACUGCUAACACAAGAGUGAAGAAACUAGAGCUAGAGCUGGAUGCCGCCCUCAGGGAAAAAGAAAGUAUUAAAGUAGAGAUGGGAAUUAUGGAGGCUAAGUUCGAGAAUGCACAGAGAGUGCUAGAGGCUGACAUGCAUUCAACCAUGGAAAAACAGAUUGCAGAGCAGAUUAGUGAUGUACAGAAGAGACAUGAGAAAAGUGAGGAUGUGAUGAGAGAGAAACAUCGGGAACAAAUGUUAGAACUGAGCAAAAAGAACGGUAUUGAGAUGGAGAAGCAGUUGUCCGUGUAUAGAGAAGAAAUGCACAGAAAAGAGGAGGAGUUUAGGAAACAGUUACAGGAACUGGAAGCUAGGUUGACAGAAUACAGGACUGAGAAUGCAGAUCUUAAAUUAUCCAAACAGAAACUGGAAUCUACCAGGUUGGAGAUAUUAACAAAAUUACAGUAUGCCAUGCAAACACAGUGGAAUGAAGCAUUGUCUUUACUCUCUGCUACACCUCAAAGACGAUCAACCCAAAACAGGGUACCAGCAGAGCUGACACAUAAUAGGGAACCAGCUGUAGAAGACGAUGCUGUUUCAGUCAUCUCUGCGCAAUCUGCUCCAUCUGUCAACUUUAGUUUAUGUGCACCAAAUUUACAACCAGCCAAUCAGAACAGUUCAUUUAGACCAUUAACCAAUCAGACCACUCCUCCACGCAGAUCAGCCAAUCAAACUAGUCCCACACAACAAUUAGCCAAUGAACAGAGUCCAAGUAGAUCUGUAGCCAAUCAGUUUAGCCCGGUUCUCAGGCAAUAUACACAGCCCACAUUUAGUCCUGGUGGGGAAAGUAUGAUAUCACAUUCCACAGAAAAAGAUCAUGGAGAAGUAACAGAGGCCUCUAUAGAGACAGCUGCUAUGUCUCAUCUUAAACAGUUUCAUGAUUAUAUGAACAGUUUUACAAAAACUCCAGAGUGGAUUUCAUCCAUCAACAGUCAAAGUGACAGCUCUACAUUACCACACAUACCCCACGGUGGAGCAAAUAACGAUCCUCUUGCCCAGACUAGGCUACCAUCACCUCCUGAGCUGGCAGCACUCCUCUCAACUCAUUUACAUAAUAUUCAACAGCAGCACCUAAUGCCCCACCCAUAUGCUCCAGUCAACCAAUCAGAGACAUCAUAUUCUCAACCUAACUCUAUUUUAACCAAUCAGAAUCUACCAUCUAAUCCAAUAAGUGCUAGUUUACCUCCAAAUUUAAAUUUGGCCACAUCUAGGUCACAAGUAACUUCAAGUGCUAGUCAAGUAGAGAGACCAAAGUUUAAUGCAAGCACCGUGUCACAGGCAAGCGUGAGUCAUAUUAAUGGAAGUGUUGUAAGUGAAGCUACUGCUAUCAAUUUCUCCAUGCUGAGUGAAAAAGAGGGUGGGGCACAUUGGGAAGGAGCCUCAGGGAUCUCUCGUGCAGUACCUCUCCACCCACCACAGCAAGGACCAGAUCCAUACAUGCUUGAUUAUCAACAGACAAAACCAUCAGCUUAUGGUUAUUUUCAAGGAGGACAAAGUUUUUCACCACCAACAAAACAAAAUAAAGAAAGUGGUUCCCAGGAAGAUCUCACCAACCAGUCAGACAGGUUAAAUGAAGAUUACAGUCAUUUAUCAGAGAGGCUGGAACAACAUGAAUCUCAUCAGCAAGAAUUACAACACUAUAUACAAAUGUUAUUACACAAAUCUCCAGGGGAGGUCAGUAACAGGGAACAGAAUGACUCCAUGUUCUCCAUAGAUAAUGAAGAAUUUGAUCUGAAUGACACAGCCCAAGCUGCCCAGUUACAUAGAGAAUUAGAUAGGAUUCAGGAACUUAGAAAGAAACAGGAAAAGGCAAGUAAACAGAAUGGUCAACAUGAAGCAGAUACGAAAGCUGAUCACAAUAAUUCAUCAGGAUCAUCAAAUGAUCAAGCUUCAAACAAGAUCCUUAGUCCAGAUCAACUUGCUGAGGUCACAAAAUUACUGAACCAGGUCAAAGGUCAAGGUCAAGCACAACCUAGCAACCCACAUGUCAUGGAACUUCUGGAGCUUUUAAAACAUGCUCAGCCUAAUACAGGGAACCAUCCAGAACAGAGAAAGGGAACAAGAGCGCCCCCUGGUAGCCAUGGUGAUAGACAUAGAGGAGCAGGAAUUAGACGAAAUGUACAGUUCAAUCCUGGGAAGGGUGUAGACACUUCAAGAAGUCACCAGGAUGGUAGUAAAUCUGCACAGACAUCAAAAUCUAACCAGCAGAAGAGAAUAGAGAGAAAAGUUGCCAGCCAGACAGUUGAUAAAAAAGUUACAGGCUCUGCAACAAAGGGAGAUAAGGCAUCAAAACCAGCUGCUUGGAAAUGAGAUUAAAACUUCUUUCACUAGUGCAUCAUCUUAUUCUAGAACUGACAUGUGUAUCUUAACAGUAACUGGCCAGCUCUGUGUUUAGUACUGCAGUAAUUGGCUGACAUGUGCUUUGUUUUAAUAUAUACAUUCAACAGAAGCAAAAUUGUGAAAACAGUGUACAUUAAUAUUAUUGAAUUGACUUAUGUUAAAGUGUACAUGACAUGUAGAUUUUCAUGAAGAAUUUCUGUUAUGCCAUAUUUGGCAACUGUUUUGCUUGGCUUCAAAUUAGAUGUCAUAAACUAAUAAACUUUUAACAAAUCAGCUAGGAUUUCCUGGUGUGUUGUGUAGUUCUAAAUUGUCAAAUAACAUAUUGUUUGCCAUAAAUAUUUAUGAAAUAUGUUCUGUUGAGCAUGAAAGGAAGAAUUUGUUUUUUACCAUCUGUUAUUUUGUUGCUGAUCUAUAGAUAGUGGUGGUAUUGUUUAAUUUUUUGUUGAAAAAACAUAAGCUUUCUUCUUAAACUUAAAAAUUUAAUUCAUCUUCAACAUUUUCAUUGUUUUGUUUGUAUCCAUGCUGAUGAAACUCUUCAGGUUUGUUUUCUUUAUUAUGAAAAAUAUUUUACGAUGGUCAUUUUGCAUGUCACUAUGUUUGAUUAUCAAAAAACUAAGGUCCUUAUCUUGUAUACCAUUUGAAUAUAUGACAAUUCAGAUUUGAUAUAAGGGAUUUAACAUAGGACACAGGUAUUUGUGUUUAAAAAUCCAAGUAUGUACAAAUUAAUUAAUUAAGUGUUGAUUGAUAUAAUGCAUAUUAUCUCAUUACAUCUUUAAUUAGCUAAUUAAUUAAUUUUUUUAUGUUAUUGUUUCAUUUUAUUUUAAUCAUAGUAUAUUGAUUUGUGGAAAUGGUUAUAUGAAGGGGAGUGGUGACCCAGUGGAUAUUGGAUAAGGUGUCUGCCUCUUAAACGAGGGAUCGCGGGUUUGAGCCCUACUCAGGUCACGACCAUGCUUCCACAUAUGAGAUUUGUACUAGAUUAUUCUAGGAAGCGGACUUAAAAGGGAUUAUUGUAAGUUUCAAGAACCUGUUUCGCAAUGGAGCUAAAAUGAAUAUGUUUAAACUAUAAUGUUUUAUUCUAUUUGAAUGAAUAAAACAUAAAUAUCAAGUGAUAAUCAUGUUUUUUAUUGGUUACUGUGAAUAUGCUUUUUUUUUCAAAAAAGAAAAGAAAAGAAUACUGGAAGUUUCAUCAGGAAUCUUGACAAAUGCCAUAAAUUUGAAGUCAGGUUUAAAAUCUGGACAAAUAAACUUACAAAUUGUUGUCAAAGACGAUGGAACUUUACAAGCUGUUAGAUUUUCAUGCCACUAUUUAAAUUUACAUGUCUGUGAUAAUUUUACUAAACUAUUUGAAAUUGCAUAGAAUUUUACUUUAUGUUUAUUUUUGUCUUGUAUGUGUUCAUUUCCUAUUUUUGUCUGAAAUCUCAAGAUAAUUUGCUCUUUAUUAAAAUAGUUGUAAUUGAA